AGUGAAUAAAAAACUGUCUGACGCGGGUACAAUAUUGAAUAAGUAUAAAGCGGCCAAAUGAAUUUGCGCGGUGUAUCAAGGCUGUUUCAAGUUCAUGCCUUGGUAGUUAUUGAAAGGAUUCUGCUAAAUCGUCGAUUGUUUGUGUUAUUUUCAUUAUUCAGUAGUUUAUCACUUCUGAUUUUUAUCUUUUGUGCUAAUAAAUGGUUUCUAAAUUAUCAUUAUACAAAUUGUUUUAUGUCGGCAAAACAGUUCUCGAAAACAGAUAAUUAUUCAUUCAUCAAUAACAACAAUGCUCAUGGUACGGACAGUAAUAUCAAGCCAUAUCCUGUUGUUGUCUACAACAGAAUCCCUAAAACAGGUAGCACAUCUUUAAUAAACUUAGUCUAUCAAUUAAUUGAAGAGAAUUACAGUCAUACACAUGUGAUACACUUGAACAUUUCUUCAAAUAAACAUUAUUUAAAUCGUGUAAAUGAAUUAUAUCUUAUAGAUAAUUUGACACAUUGGACCAGUAUGCAUCCACUGAUUAUACAUGGGCAUUUCGCUUAUAUAAAUUUUAUCAAAUAUGGAUCAUUGUUUAACCCAAUAUAUAUUAAUAUGAUAAGAAAUCCACUAGACAGAUUAGUGUCUUAUUAUUACUUUCUACGAUAUGGUGAUGAUUAUAGGCCAUAUCUGAUACGUAAACGUAUGUUUGAUAUUGUGACUCGCAACCAAACAUUUGAUGAAUGUGUUCUUGUAAAUGGUAGUGAUUGUAGCCCACAACUUCUAUGGGUCCAAGUACCGUUUUUCUGCGGACAAGCAGCGUAUUGCAGAAUCCCUGGUAAUCCAGUUGCUGUAGAAACUGCUAAACGUCGUGUGAUUGAAGAUUAUCUUAUUGUUGGCCUGACAGAAGAAUUUGAUAAAUUUGUCGACUUGCUAGAAAUACUUUUACCAUCAUUCUUUACCGGUGCUCAUAAUCUAAUAUCUCGUUCAAAGGAUAAAUGGCAUCUGAGACGCACAAAUUAUAAAUUGCCAAUUAGUAAAGCAACAACUAAAAUAUAUCAAGACAAUCCGAUUUGGCAAGCUGAACAAGAGUUUUACAACUUUGUUCGUACAGAAUUUCAUACAAUACUCAGUGCUCUCCAAGGACAGUUUUCACACCAACCACUUUCAAAAUUUUCUGCAUUGUAUAAAGAAAAAAUUAAUUUUGAUAAAAUUCGCCCAAAAUUUGGCGCUUAACUUCGAGUAUUUUUUUGCUCUAAUAUUUACAGUCCUUUUAUUAUGAUAGACAUUUCAGAAAAUCAUUUAUUUGUACCAUGUUUUAUACUUUAUUUUAUUAACCACUUUUAUCCACAUUGAGUUGCAUUUACCUUAAUUGAAAUUACCCUGUACAAUUAAAAGUCCUUUACUCUGGGUUUUUUCAUGGGGAUUUAGUAAAUUUGAUCAAUUUCACAGAUCAAGUUAUUUGUUACUUUUUUUCAGCUAUAUCAAUUUUAUGCAUUUAAUAGAAAUUUUUGCUGACCUUUAA